CAGAGAACUAACUCCACAUUGAAUCUUUUCUUCUUCUUUUCCUCCAGUAUAUAUAUGUAUGGAAGGAGGGGAGGAGAGGAGGCAAGGGCACCCACGGCUGCAAGGAGGGAGGAGGGAGGAGGGAGGCUACCGCCAUGGAUUCUCUCCCUCCCAGAUCCAGUCACUGGCUGCCAUGUGCGAGGCUUUCAUACCCUCCCUAUCAAUGGAAGAGCUCCACGUCAGCAGUGGCAAGGAGGACCCACCCACCAAGAACCUCCAGGCCUUCUACCUGGCUUCUGGUUCGGAGUCCCCAGUACCAGAUGAGGUUGCAGAGUUAAUGGUCAAGAGGGGCCUGAGAGAGGCUGUUCUUUUGGUCAAAUUGGUUCUAUGGCUCCUUGCUACCAAGCUGGGCACGCUCGUCCUCUGUGGGUCCCUGAGCCUUUGUGGGGAAUUCCCAUUCAUCAACAAGUUCUCAGACAUGUCUGUAGAGAAGAGGGAAGAGGUUCUUAAAAGAUGGAACAAGGAAAACAUUUUUAUCCCUCUAAGGAUGGUUUUUGUGAUGGUCAAGGUCUUCUGCCUCCACAUCUUUUAUUCAAUGACUAACGAAAACUCGGAGAACCUAUCAUGGAAUGCAAUUGGAUACAGCCUACCAACGGAAGAAAAGCCACCAAAAUCUCAAUCAGAGAGGCCUCUUGAGAAGGGUAUCAUAGAAACCAUGGAUCAAAACGAUUCAUCCCUUCUCCAUUCCCUCACCAAGAAAGGCCUGGCAGUCUCCCAAGACCCCAUUCAAAACAUGUACAGAAUUAGAUGCGAUGUCGCCAUAGUUGGUUCCGGCUGCGGCGGUGGAGUUGCUGCUGCAGUUCUUGCGAGUGCCGGUCACAAGGUGGUAGUCAUCGAGAAAGGCAACUACUUCACAUCGGAGGACUACACCUCCAUCGAAGCCCCAUCCAUGUAUGAAAUGUACGAGUCCGGCGGAAUUCUUAGCACUCUCGAUGGGAAAAUGAUGCUCCUGGCUGGAUCCACCGUGGGGGGUGGUUCCGCCGUGAACUGGUCGGCGUGCAUCAAGACACCAGACUAUGUCCUCAAGGAAUGGGCGGAGGAGCAUCAGCUUCCUCUCUUUAGGAGCACAGACUAUCUCUCAUCAAUGGACGCGGUCUGUAAAAGACUCGGAGUCACCGAGAAUUGCACCCAAGAAGGAUUUCAGAACGAGGUUCUUCGCAAAGGCUGUCAGAAUCUUGGUCUUAAAGUAGAUUCGGUGCCAAGAAAUUCUUCAGAAAGCCAUUUCUGCGGCAGCUGCUGUUAUGGCUGUCGAUCAGGAGAUAAACGUGGGACCGAUACAACUUGGCUGGUGGAUGCUGUCGACUGUGGCGCGGUGAUCGUAACGGGAUGCAAGGCCGAGAGAUUUCUAUUCGUGGAGAACGAGCCAGGUGGGAAGAAAAGGAAGAAAUGUGUGGGACUGAUUGCCAAGUCUUUGAGCCAUAAGGUCACGAUGAAGCUAGAAAUCGAAGCUAAGGUGACCGUCUCAGCGUGCGGUUCUCUCCUGACACCACCACUGAUGAAAGCUAGCGGGCUAACGAAUCCAAACAUAGGGAGGAACCUCCACCUCCACCCGGCAGUUCUUGCAUGGGGUUACUUCCCGGAUUCGGUAUCGGACCUCCGGGGCAAGACCUUCGAGGGAGGGAUCAUCACGUCGUUGCACGAAGUGAGAGCACGGGAGGAUUCGGAUUCGAGCUUGCGGGCGAUCAUCGAGACGCCCGCGGUGGGGCCUGCGGCGUUUGCGACGCUGGUCCCCUGGGUCUCGGGACUGGACAUGAAGGAGAGGAUGGCGAGGUACAGCCGGACGGCGCAUCUCUUCGCGUUGGUACGAGAUCGGGGCACGGGGACGGUGGAGGGGGAGGGAAUGGUGAGAUAUCGAUUCGAUGCAUUGGACAGGGAGAAUAUGAGGGAGGGGCUGCGGAGGGCGCUGCGGAUUUUGGUGGCGGCGGGCGCGGUGGAAGUGGGGACUCACCGGAGCGACGGGCAGAGGAUCCAGUGCAAGGGGAUCAAGGAGGCGGAGUUGGAGGAGUUCUUGGAUGGGAUUACCAUGGUGGGAGGUCCGAGGUCUCGGAAUGAAUUGUGGACCUUCUAUUGCUGUGCUCAUCAGAUGGGGAGCUGCAGGAUGGGAGUGAGCGAGGAAGAGGGAGGGGUGGAUGAGACGGGGGAGAGUUGGGAGGCACAGGGGCUGUUUGUGUGUGAUGGGAGUGUGUUACCGAGUGCCGUUGGGAUUAAUCCUAUGAUCACCAUCCAGUCCAUCGCUUAUUGCCUUUCCAAAGGGAUAGCGAAAUCCUUGAGGAGAGGACCUGAAUGAGAGUGAGAGUAAUUAUGGAUUUCUUGUAUAAGACCACAGAAUUUACUACAGUGAUCCGUCCGAGGACUUUGGACCAAUCAGCAUAUUGCAAGAUAUCAUGGAUAUUAUCUCUUAUUUGAAGCCAAGUUAAAGCAUGUUACCCUCCAGAAUGUUUUACUUGGAAGAAGUCGGGUUGAAAUAUUUAGUUUUGCCUUUCUCAAAACAAUAUUCAAAUAUGCUAAGGUGUCGUUAUAAUACCAAUGAGGUGGAAUGAGAAGAUUUUACAUCAAGUAUCAAAUUCAGAGAUGAAGGUUGUAAAGUGAAAUUUAAAACAACUUCUUAAGAUUUUUAAUCGAAAAAAGAAAAAAGAAAAGCUUAGCUUUG